AUGGGCCCGCCGCCGCCGCCGCCGCCGCCGCCGCUGACGGCUCUCCCGUCGCCUCCGGAGACGCCAGAGGCGGCGCUUCCGCAGCAAAGCCCUGGCGAUGGAGGUUUCUCGUUCCCCCGGCCCACCGUGCGGGUGACCUCGGAGUACGACAGCGACAGCCAGGUGUUCUUCCACAGAGUCUCGUGCAGGCUCGUCGACAGCCUCGCGAAGCUCAGGAUUUCGUUUAUGAACAACCGCGAUGGCGAGAUUUCAUGCCCCAUGCUGCGUCUCGACCUCGGGAAGCGCCUUUCCCUCGAUUAUGAUGUCGAGGCUAAGAAUGCGCUUCUCAGGGGAUCUUUCGAUGUUGGCAAGAACUUGCAACUUCAGGCUUAUCGUGAUCUGAAGGUAAGGAGCUUAUCUCCCAUUAUAUUUCAGCUUGAGCAUCUAGUAAUUAUCGAGCCUUUGACAAUUCUCGUACUCCGACAGAGGUAUAGUGCUAUUUCUCCAAUAGGCUUGCCUAGAACGUUGUUGAAUUGGUUCAAAGCUGCCUUUUUCUGUCAUUUCAGAUCUUCGACAGUUUCAAACAAAAAGAGCUAUAGACCAUAUCUUGAUAACAAUAGUUUUGUGUUGGCAAGAUAUGCCUAAGAAUACAAUCUUAACAUAGAACUUUAGGGUUUACCCUAGAAGAAGUGCAAUCGGCAACCCAAUUACAUAGAAUGCUGCUAGGUUGAUCCACGCUUCUAGAUCCUACCAACCACAUCCUCUUGAUAUCCCCGAGUCAAUUAUCUAAUAAUUAGUAAGAUAUUACAUAUCAGUAUUAUAUAUGAGUUGCUUUCCUAUGAUAAUUGCCUGAUAGAAAUCCCUUUUACCGAGCCUUCUUUGGUGGUAAGGAUUUGACAAAGCUGUAAUUUUCUGAUAAAAGUUUGAAACAAGCCCAAUGUUAGUUUCUUGUAUCUCUGUUGAUAUAACUCGAAGGCAUUUGCAUUAAGCGAUCAUGAUUUACCGUUACAUAUAAAAAAAGCUUAGGAGUAUGUUGCCAUAUUUCAAUUAGUCUGCAUCGAUGGGACAAGUCUCCUUACAAUUUUAUUAGUUUAGCUUUAGUUUUAUCUUUUCUAUUCCCUGGUUGAAACCGUCGUCAAUAGCUUAGAGUUGCCUGCGCUUUCCUGCUGUAAAACUGAAUCAAGAUCGGUCGUUGCAUCUCUUAAUUAAGCAUCAUAGGCCCGUUCUUGGCUAAACUCAAGAUAAGUAGAUUUGACAUGACGAAGAAACUAUGGAUGCCCAGAAUUAUACAGGAACUCGCAGUUUCAAGGAACAACAUCCCCAUAUUAUCAGAAAAUCCAGUAAUCCUAGAGAAGCUGAGGAACCGAUAAUCUUGAGUCAACACUUUUGGAAAGCCAGAAACAAAAUACACAUUUUAUAGCCAUCCAUUUGGCAAAAGAAUUAGAAUUUCAACAUAAAUUCACACAUAAUAAUUCUUAAAUCACAUGAGAUAUUGCAAGAUGAAGAAGUCGGUUACCACAUAUGUGCACUUAGCUGAGACAGGCAGUUGAAUCACGUGAUAAUCUUUUGACAAAUAAUCAUCUGGAAGUGACUACUUUAUCUAGUGUAGUGAUGGACAAGCUCAAUAGAAUUUGUCAGGCUGUAGUCAUCUCGCAUUAAUGUGCCCAUAGAUAAGUAGCCUUACACUAUGGCUUGUUUUCAGCCUUUCUUUGAUGCAUUCUUCAACAGUUUAAACAUUUUCGUUUGAUUCUAUCCCACAUUCUUCCACCUCUGUUCUUGGACAUGGGUUGAAUGACUACUUUAUCUAUUAUGGAGAGGGACAAGCUCGAUAUAAUUUGUCAGGCUGUAGUCAUCUCGCAUUAAUCUGCCAAUAGAUAAGUAGCCUUACACUAUGGCUUGUUUUCAGCCUUUCUUUAAUGCAAUUCUAUGCCAUAUUUCUUUAAAAAAUAAAAUGGUUGCUGGCUUCUAAGCUGUGGAUAUUUUGAAGAGUUUUGUUUUUAAAUUACCUCCCAAUCUCUCAUCCCUUGACCAUCCUUUCCCUUCUCCUAGUGCCGAUAAUGGAGCCUGAUUCAUUUUUUGUUUUCUCGCAAUAUAUGAUUCUCCCUACAAUAAUUUUGUGUCAUUAUUGGAUUUUUCUCUGCUGAUCUUGAUACAAUGUCAUUGCCCGCUUUGGUUGUCAAAUUUUUCUUCUCUAACACUGAUAUUGCAAAGUUCUUUGGAUCUUUUUACUUGCUUCGACUCUCGUUAUUGUUGUCUUAUUGAAUCUUUCUUGUGUUACAUGGGUAUUGCGAAGUUCUUGGGAUUCUUAGCUUCCUUGGACAUGGAUUAUUUUUGUUUAAUUUCAGGAAAAACGAGGAGAGGUGACGAUGACGACGACUCUUGUCCAGCCUUCCUACAAACUUGCUUUGGCAUCUGCAGCCCCCUUCGUUGGACUGGUAAAGUGAAAUAUUGAAGGAUGCUGAAAUGUUUAAAUAUAUGCAGUUACAUUGUCUUAGCACAGCCAACACUGCAGAGAAGGACAACAACGUGUUUAUUUAAACAUACUAUAUUUUUAUUUAUGUAUUUAUUUAUUGGAAUUAUGGGUUGGGUUGAGAAGACUAGGUAUUUCAGACCCACUGCGAGCAAAUAUAUCUGUUAUUUUUUGCUGAGCCCAUGGGUUAGAAUGUUUUACCUCUAUUUUAUCUUUCAGUAUGAUCAGAGGGGAAAUGAUUCUGCUUUUAAUUGGAUGAUCAAUUUCUUGUUCAGCCCAGAGCAAGAUUCGAGUUCCCACUUGGUGAAGUUUCAGUAGAAGAAAGAGAGGAUGACCAAGCAAGAACUGCUUUAUCAAUGAAUGGCAUUUUGAAAGGUGAAAUUCUCAGCGGUGUGUGCACUGCACAGUAUGAGGAUACAAAUUUGAAGGAAAGAUAUUCUGAUAAAAACUUGAAACUGAGAUAUUGCUUCAAGGUUAGAUCUGAAGCUUUUCAUUUUUAUUUUUAUUUUUUAUUUUCUGGCCUCCAAAAAACCUUACUAGAUAUAUAUAUAUAUAAUAUUUUGAGAAAAAAAAAUGACAUCUCCACUUGCAGGAUGAGCAAAUGACUUUCAUCCCGGAGAUCUCUCUGCCUUACAAUGCGGUCUCUAUGACAUUCAAACGACAGUUCAGCCCUUCAGACAAAUUAAGGUGCGCCAAGAAUUCCUCCUGUAACGUUCAUAGUAAUCAAUUACUCGAUCCAUCAUCACCCAGCGACCACGUCCACAAUAGCAGAAAAGUCUUUAUCUUGCAGAGGAAGCCAUUAUUCCUAUCUUUGUGCUUCCCUGUUCCAGGAGAUGGGUUGAAGCUCCUGCUUUCCUAUUCCGGGUUCAACGGUUUAAUUACAUUUAUAGUCAACAGAUUGAGAUUGCUACCCCCUUUUGUUCUACUAUGAGUGCAUACCUGAUGGCCUUCCCAAAUUUCCAGAGAGCCCGUCUAGAGUUGACUGAUUUGAGUGUAAAGAUAUAUCUAGAUGUAUCGCUCUCAGAAAUCACUAAAAUGGCAGAGAAAAUCUUUGAUGAGCACUGUGAAAUUGAUCUGGUUGGAGUGAGCCCAAGGAUAUGGAGAUCAUAAAAUCUUUGGUUCACUCCAAUUCUCUCUCUCUCUCUCUCUCUCUCUCUAACAUGGCCAUUGCGUUCUCAGCUAUUGUUAUCAUUUUCACUCCAAUGACUUCAAUGCCGUGUACAAGCGGACUAUUGGCGAGAAUGUGAAGCUCAAGGUUGGUUAUGACUCAGAGGUGCGACUUGGGUGGGCGUCUCUUUGGGUGAGGAACCUCAAACCGAGCUAUGAAGAUUCCCAAACUCUAAUAAUUUUUGUCAACGCAAAUGAAAAACAUGUUUUUGAGCUUCCUGUCAGAUCGACAUUCCAUUUCCUAGAUACUUCAUGAUAUUGUUCUUGAUUUCUUCCUGAAUUUGUUACGCUUAUAUGGCAUCCAUUCUAGAUAUGUCAGAUCUAGAAUUGUUCUUGAAAAAAAAAAAAAUAUGAUUUUGACUUUCCUGUCAGAUCGACCCUCCAUUUCCUAGAUAUGUCAUGAUAUUGUUCUUGAUUUCUUCCUGAAUUUUUUAUGCUUAUAUGGCAUCCAUUCUCCGGAUUCUCGAGAAAAUCAUUAACUGUGGAUAAAAUAUAUAAAAAAAUUGAUUUUGAGUUUCUCGUCAGAUUGAUUAUCUCCGCCGAGUACUUUAUUUCUUCCUCAAUUUAAUAUGCUUGUGGGAUCCAUGUUUCAAACUCUUGAGAAAAUCAACAACUGUAGGCCCCCCUAGGCGUCAUAAACUUCCAAAUGUUCUAUAAACUGCAAGUAUUAUCUAUCUGCCUUCUGUUCUUUGUUCAUUUCUGCGUUAUAACUUCCCCAAAUGCAAGAGUAAACAAGGCCUCAACACCCGUCAGGCUGCUCUUCUUCUUUCUUUUUCCAGGCUCUGGACUCAAAAUUAAUCCAUCUCCCUCUCUCUCUCCCUUAAUUAAUGAAAAUUAGUCUGACCCAGUUCUUAAUGCAUCUCUCUCUCUCUCUCCCUCUCUCUUCUGUCUCAUAUUUCAGUAGGUUUGUUCAUCUUUGGGGAGUAGGUGUUGAUGAGUAAACGCUGUUUCAGGUGGGGGAUGAGGACGGGAAGACGAAGGUGGCGCCAAUGAAGAUGAAGGUCCAGUUGAUGGUCCAAGCUCCCCAAGAUGAUUUCCUAAACCCUCUCUUCAUGUUCCGGGUCAAGAAAAGGUGGGACUUCUGA